GCAAUGGAAUGCUGGGAAAUGGAGUCCUGCGAAACGGAAUGCUGGGAAAUGGAGUCCUGGGAAACGGGAAACAGAGAGUCCUGGGAAAUGGGAAACAGAGUCCUGAGAAAUGGAGUCCUGGGAAAUGGAAUUCUGGGAAAUGUAGUCCCGGAAAACGGGAACUAGAGCCCUGGGAAACGGAGUCGGCUCCGCCCCGCGGCACCGGCGGCGCUGGUGCUGGGAGGGACCCGGCUCUGGGCACACCAGCUCUGGCUGUGAAAAAUGUGUAUUUUAUGGUUGGCUUUUUGCAAAUAUUAAAAUGAAUAUUAUAUGUGUUAUGUUAGAAAGUUGUGCCGUGUUAAUUUUCUUAAGUAGUGUGUUAAAUAUAGUUUUAAGUUAUAACAAAAUGUUAAAAUUGAAACUAUGCUAUGUAAGAUACUUUUUCAAAGAGAGAACUUGCAGCAAGAUAGCAGCCACAGGACACUUAAAUCUUUCAGAAAAAAGGAAUUUAUUGCUCCCUUAUCAGAAGAAAUGAACUUCCCGCCUCGGUCAGCCCCCAAGACACCAUCAGGAUUCAGAGGAAGAAGCUGACACUGCCCAGCCAGAAUCCUAUGUUUGAAUGGAAUUUAUGCAUCAUGGAUGAGAAACAAGUGACUGGUGUUUUUCACAGAGGAGGAGAGUGUGAGGAAGAGGAAGGAGCCCUGGCACACCCGGGCAGGCGAGGAGGAAGUCAGUGCCCCUUUCCCCCUCUGUCCUGCUGCAUCUCCCAGACCCCACAGUGGAACCUGGCUGGGUGGGAUCCCCCUGCAGGGCCCCCCUGUGACCUCAGCUCAUCUCCAUGGACACGGCUCAAACACACAGAGCCAGCCAAGAGCCGUGGGACCCGGGAAAACCUGGCUGCAGGGAAGUUUUUCAGCGUCUGAUGGAAUAUGGCAUCCAAAACAAAGAAAAGCAAGGAUGAAGAGCCACCCCAGGAAAGCAGCGACACAGAGGACCCCGUCCGGGAGAGGAAGCUGUACCUGCAGGAGGAAUGCAGGAUCCUCUCCCAACACCUGGACACCUACCUGGGCAGGGCGGAGCAGCUCCUGCAGGGCACCAAACACCUGGAAAAGGAAGCCCAGCGCACUGAGGAGCAGAGCCACUCCUACCUGUGCUGCGGAGCGAAGCUCAGCCAGGACCCCCCGGGCAUGAUCAUCACCCUGAGCGACCAGAACCGCCAGGACCUGGUCCAAAUCCAGGCGCAGAAGGAGGAGCUGGUGCCGCGCUACGCCGGCAAGGAGCGGGAGGUGUGGAGCGCCCUGGAGGACACGGAGGCCGAGGCCUCGCGCCUGGACACGGAGCUGCGGCAGCUGGAGCCCUACAAGGAGCAGAAGGUGCAGGCGGAGCAGAGGGUGAAGGCGCUGGAGAAGGAGCUGCGGGUGACCAGGAUCCGCUGCGCCGAGGAGACCCACGCCGUCAGGAGCAAGUUCCUGCAGGACAAGGCCGAGUGCGAGCAGCAGUUCCACCGCAGGAUGCAGCAGCUCACCUGGGGCGCGCAGGAGGUGGCCAUGAGGGCUCUGAUCCAGCACGUGGAGCAGGUGAAGGCCGAGAACAGGCUCCUGCGCCACGAGCUGAUGGGCCUCCUGCAGCACUGCCAGCUCCUCAGGGACACCAGGGUCAAGCUGCAGGACCAGCAGGAGCAGCUGCUCCGGGAGAACCGCUGCCUCCAGCUCACACCAGCGCGGCGCCGCAGGGACAGCCUGACCCGCUCGCCCAUCAGGGCCAGCCACUGACCCCAGACCACCCCAAACCACCCCAAAGCACCUGGCCCUGACCUGCAGGAGCCAGGCAGGGAAGCAACCAAACGCUUCUGGCAGUGGGAGCACUGAGGGCUUGGAGCUCUUGUCACAAAGAUCCAUCAAAUACAUUUAUGGACCAGA